GGAGCGUGGAGGCGAGGUGGGCCGAGUCCUUUGACAGUGCCACGCGCCACACGCUCACUCAGUCCGUCGCGUCGGUCGCGAGUAGUGUGGCGCAGUCGCACCGCCCCGCCCCGCCGCGCCGUGCCGUGCCGUGCCCUGGCCGCGACGCGCCGGCACCGCGAAAACGCUCCGCGGGUGACUCAGUGACACUAUUGGAUACACUCGAGGAUACAGCGCUGCUCCAGCGGGCAGCGGCAGUCAUCAGGGUGGCGCGUCCUUGACCUCCAGGAUGUCCAAGGCCUCGCAGUGACGCCGCCACCAUGAUCUCCCUGGAGACGGUGCCGAGCGCCGUGGCGCCGGACAUCGCCAUCAGCAUCCGCAACGCCUACAAGGAGUACGGCGGGGGAUGGACGCUCAACGGCAAGCAGGCGCCCAUCAAGGUGCUCAAGGGCCUCAACAUGACCGUGGCCAGCGGCACCAUCUACGGCCUUCUCGGUUCAAGCGGCUGCGGCAAGUCCACCAUCCUCAAGGCCAUCGUCGGCCAGCACCGCUUCACGUCGGGGGAGGUGCGCGUCCUGGGCAGCGUGCCCGGGUCACCCGGGGCAGAGAUCCCCGGGCCCGCCAUCGGCUACAUGCCGCAGGAGCUGGGGCUGUACGAUGAGUUCAACAUCAAGGAGACCCUCUGGUACUUCGGCCGCAUCGCGGGCCUCAGCGAGCAGGUCAUCCAGGAGCAGACCAGGACCGUCAUGAAGCUGCUGGACCUGCCGACGCACGGCGCCCUGGUCGGCGAGCUCAGUGGCGGCCAGCAGAGGCGGGUGUCCUUCGCCGUGGCGCUGCUGCACCGGCCGACGCUCCUCAUCCUGGACGAGCCCACCGUCGGCGUGGACCCCGUGCUGCGCCAGAGCAUCUGGGACCACCUGAUGGAGAUGGUGCGCACCAAGAGGACCACCGUCAUCAUCACCACGCACUACAUCGAGGAGGCGCGGCAGGCGCACGCGAUCGGCCUGAUGCGGCACGGGGUGCUGCUGGCGCAGGCCGCGCCCGACGACCUGCUGUCGCGCUUCGGCUGCGACAACCUGGAGGACGUGCUGCUGACACUCAGCAAGCAGCAGGAGCAGCACGAGGCCAUCGAGGGCCACGAGAACGAGAGCCAGGCCUUCGUGGCGGCCGCCCCCCAGGAGGCCGACAUGUACCACGUGACCCCCUCCGACGGCACCAGCCUCAGCCGCGGCAGCACCAUGUGGGUGCGCUUCCACGCCCUGGUCUGGAGGAACAUCACCUGGCUCAAGCGCAGCAAGUGGGUACUCGGCAUCCUCGUCAUCAUGUCCGUCAUCCAGUCCACGUCCUUCUGCCUGUCCAUCGGCCGCGACCCCAAGGACCUGGCCAUGAGCAUCGUCAACGACGAGUCCAACUGCACCGACCUGAGCGAGCGCGCCUGGAACGGCCGCUGCAGCAACAACACCCACGUCUCCUGCAUCUACAUCGACAUGAUCAGCAGGAAGGACGUCAACUUUCACUACCACACGGACCUGGAGGAGGCGUACAGCAGGGUGCGGAGAGGCAAGUCCUGGGGGGUCCUUCACUUCCGGCACAACUUCACCGAGAGCCUGUACCAGCGGAUAGACGAGGGCAAGAGUGCGCCGUCCGCCGUGGUGGACUCCAGCAUCGUGGACGUCACCAUGGACAUGACCGACGCCAUGAUCAGCCAGCUGCUGACGAAGAAGUUCCUGGACCUGAUGCAGAUCUUCAUCAAGGACCUCUUCUCGGACUGCGGCUUUCCGCGCGAGGCCGGCUCCCUGCCCGUCGACUUUGCGCAGCCCGUGUACGGCACCAACGAGCCCGAGUUCAUCGACUUCGCCUCCCCCGGGAUGGUGUGCAGUUUGGUGUUCAUGCUCGCCGGAAACUCGGCCAUGUGCGCGCUGCUGCCCGAGAAGAGGAACUCCAUCCUGGACCGGCAGAUCGUGACAGGCGUGCGGCUCAUGGAGGUCCUCUACGCGCACUACGUGGUGCAGCUCCUGCUCAUGGGGCUGCAGACCAUCAUCAUCAUGGGGAUGAUGUUCGGCGUGUUCCAGCUGAACAUCGUCGGCUCCUUCUGGCUGUCCUUCUUCCUCAUGUGCAUCCUGGGCCUGUCCGGCAUGUGGUUCGGGUUCCUGGUGGCGCUGCACUCGCCGUCCGAGUGGGCCGCGUCGCUGUUCGGCAUGGCGGCCAGCUUCAUCUUCAUGUUCCUCGGCAGUGUGUCGUGGCCCUGGGAGGGCAUGUACUCCAUGCUGCGCCACGUGUCGCACGGGCUGCCGCUCACCUACCCCGUGCACGGCCUGCGCGUCAUCAUGGGCCGCGGCUGGGGCCUGGACAACUACGACGUGCAGUGCGCCUUCGUCAUCACCGCGGCCUGGACCGCCGCCUUCUGCAUCCUCACCCACGUGUCCAUCCGCCUGCAGAAGGUGUAGUCCGGCCUGCCCUGCCCUGCCCUGCCUCACCCGGCCGGGCCGCGCCGCGCCCAUGCCGCCCGCGCCUGCGCCUGCGUUCG